AUGGCGACCACGCGCAAGCUGUUCUCUCUUGAGGGAAGGGGUCUCAAGCUCGAUACUGGUGCCGACCUCGAGCCCCACAUCGCUGAGUUGCGCUCGACCGAUGUCGAGGAGGUCAGGUUCCUGGGAAACACCCUGGGAGUCGGUGCUUGCAAGCUCCUUGGUGAGGUCCUGGCCACCAAGAAGAACCUCCAGUCCGCCGACCUCUCCGACAUCUUCACCGGCCGUCUCCUGAGCGAAAUCCCCGAGGCCCUGUCCUCCCUCCUUACUUCUAUUCUCAACCUCCCUAAGCUCACGACGAUCAACUUGAACGAUAAUGCCUUUGGUAUCAACACUCAGGCCCCGGUCGUCGCUUUCCUAGCUGCCCACGUGCCCCUCCAGCACCUUUACCUGAACAACAACGGUCUCGGCCCCCAUGCUGGAAUUCUGGUGGCGGAUGCGCUCUCUGAGUUGCACGUCAAGAAGGAGGCGGCGAGAAAGGAAGGCAAGGAAGUUCCGUACCUUGAGACUGUUAUUUGCGGUCGCAACCGUUUGGAGAACGGCAGUAUGCAGGCCUGGGCCAAGGCCUACAGCCUUCACAACAAGAUCAAGGAGAUCAGGAUGAUCCAGAACGGCAUUCGCCAGGAGGGUAUCAGCCACCUUAUUAGCGAGGGCUUGAACACUGCGACCGAGUUGCGCAUCCUCGAUCUUCAGGAUAACACCUUCACCAUCAACGGCGCCAAGGCCCUCGCCGGCGUUCUUCCCAACUUGACGAACCUGCAGGAGCUCGGCCUCAACGAUGCCUACCUUACGCCCAAGGGCACCAAGGCUGUCGCCAAGUCUCUUGCGAAGGGCAAGCAGGACAAGUUGGAAAUUCUUCGCCUGGCUUUCAACGACAUCACCCCCACGGCGCUGGAGAGCAUCGCCAGCGUCGUCACCAAGUCUUUGCCUGCGUUGAAGAAGGUCGAGCUGAACGGCAACAAGGUUGAGGAGGAGGACCCCUUCAUCAUCUCCAUCCGCGAGUUCCUUGAGGAGCGCAAGGAGAAGAUUGGUGGCGAUGUCGUUGAUGAGGACGCCUGGGGACUCGACAGCCUGAGCGACCUCGAGGGAGAGGACUCUGAUGAGGAGGAGGAAGAGGAAUCUGAGGCAGAGGAGCUGGAUGCCGAGAAGGAGGCCGAGAUCCUCACCAAGGAGGCCGAGGAGGCCCAAGAGGAGCCCACGGUCCAGCUCAAGGACAAGGAGGUGGACGAUCUGGCCAAGAAACUGGCCAAGACGGAGAUUUAA